CCUUCAAGAACAGAAAAAGAAAAGAAUAGCAUUGUGUCGUACAUUUUGUCUAAAGCGAGCGAAGCGCAGAAUUUCUCUCUUAGCCAGCCAUCACUCUCUUCAUCUCCAAUGUAAAAUUUCAAUUUCUAGGGUUUUUAUUUUCCCCACAAACAUUGUUUCCUCAAUCAAGUUUUUUGCUUGUGGAAAUCAGGGUAUACGGAUUCAAUUCUUUGAAUUUAUUGAAAUAGGGGACUCAAUUUUUAUGUUAGUCAGAGGAAAAGCGGUGAAAUUGGGUUAGCUUUAGUUGUUUCUGGUUGCAUUGAGUUUUUUGUGCAGCUGGUCAAAGAUAGCAGAUAUUCCGAGCAAGUGGAAAUGAGUGUGGUGGGCUUUGAUAUUGGAAAUGAUAAUUGUGUCAUCGCUGUAGUUAAGCAAAGAGGUAUAGAUGUUCUAUUGAACGAUGAAUCAAAACGAGAAACCCCAUCUGUUGUAUGUUUUGGGGAUAAGCAGAGGUUUCUGGGUUCCACAGGUGCUUCUUCGGCAAUGAUGAACCCUAAAUCUACAGUGUCUCAGGUGAAGAGACUUAUUGGAAGAAAAUUUAAUGAACCUGAUAUUCAGCAUGAGCUUCAAAUGAUCCCUAUUGAAACUUCUGAAGCCUCAGAUGGUGGUAUUUUGAUCCACUUAAAAUAUAUGGGAGCAACUCAUAAGUUUACCCCUGUUCAGAUUAUGGCAAUGCUGUUUGCACAUUUGAAAGAAAUAUCAGAGAAAAAUCUGGAAAUGCCCAUCUCAGAUUGUGUAAUUGGGAUCCCGUCAUACUUUACAGACUUGCAGAGACGUGCAUAUUUAAAUGCUGCAACAAUUGCUGGCCUGAAGCCUUUGAGAUUAGUGCAUGACUGUACUGCAACUGCUCUUAGUUACGGGAUUUACAAAUCAGAUUUCUCUAGUACUGUGCCAACUUAUGUUGCAUUCGUUGACAUUGGUCAUUGUGAUACCCAGGUCACUAUUGCAUCAUUUGAAGCAGGGCAUAUGAAGAUACUGUCACAUGCUUUUGACAGUAGCUUGGGAGGGAGAGAUUUUGAUGAGGUUUUGUUCCAUCAUUUUGCUGGACAAUUCAGGGAGCAAUACAGCGUUAAUGUGUACUCUAAUGCCAAGGCAUGUAUCAGGCUGCGGAGUGCAUGUGAGAAGUUGAAGAAAGUUUUAAGUGCGAAUGCCGAGGCACCUCUGAGUAUUGAAUGUUUAAUGGAGGAAAAAGAUGUUAAGGGCUUUAUUAAAAGGGAAGAAUUUGAGAAUCUGGCUUCUGGAUUAUUGGAGAGAAUCACUAUUCCUUGUAACAAAGCUUUAGCCGAUGCUGGGUUGACUGCAGACAAGAUGCAAUCUGUUGAGCUUGUAGGAUCGGGGUCUAGGAUUCCAGCAAUUACUAGACUAUUAGUUUCUAUUUUCAGGAAAGAACCCAAGCGAACACUAAAUGCAAGUGAGUGUGUAGCACGUGGAUGUGCUCUUCAGUGUGCAAUGCUAAGUCCUGUUUUUCGGGUCAAAGAAUAUGAGGUGCAAGAUUCAAUUCCGUUCUCCAUAGGAUUUUCAUCCGAUGAAGUUCCAAUUUACACUGGAGCAAAUGGCAUGCUGUUUCCAAAAGGCCAAGCCAUCCCUAGUGUUAAAAUUUUAACAUUUCAACGAAACAGUUCGUUUAAUUUGGAAGCAUUCUAUGCUAAUCCCAAUGAAUUGCCUCCUGGUGUAUCUCCAAAAAUUAGUUGUUACACGAUUGGCCCUUUCAAGGGGACCCAAAGCGAAAAGGCAAGGGUUAAGGUUAAAGUUCAACUAAACCUCCAUGGCAUUGUCAAUGUUGAAUCAGCCACAUUGAUAGAAGAACAUGUGGAUGAUUCAGGCACAAGGUGUGAUGUUCAUUCAAUGGACACAACUAACUGCGAGGUUUCAUCUGUUUCUGGUUCUUCUGAGACUGUUCCAAACGGGGUUGAAGAUGGUACCUUUAUGCAGUCUGAACCUUCGCAUACUUCUGCUGAUGGUGCAAGAAAGGUUAAAUCGCUCAGGAGGCUAGAGGUGCCUGUAAGUGAGAAUAUAUAUGGUGGAAUGACCAAGGCUGAACUUUCUGAAGCUCGAGAAAGAGAGCAUCAGUUGGCCCAACAGGAUAGAACUAUGGAAGCAACGAAAGAAAGGAAGAAUGCUUUGGAAUCUUAUGUCUAUGAGAUGCGUAAUAAGCUCUUCAACACAUAUCGGAGCUUUACAAGUGAUCAAGAGAGGGAGGGCAUCUCUAUGAAUCUACAGCAGACAGAGGAGUGGCUUUAUGAUGAUGGAGAUGAUGAAACUGAAAGUGCCUAUACUUCAAAGCUGGAAGAUCUUAAGAAGCUGGUGGAUCCUAUUGAGAACCGAUACAAAGAUGAAGAAGCGAGAGCACAAGCUACAAGAGAUUUAUUAAAAUGCAUCGUUGAUUACCGUAUGACUAUGGAUUCACUCCCCCCCAAGGAAAAAGAAUUGCUCUCAAAUGAAUGCAUUAAAGCAGAACAAUGGCUCAGGGAAAAAAGCCAACAGCAAGAUUCCUUGCCAAAGAACAUUGACCCGGUAUUAUGGUCAAGUGAGAUCAAGAGCAAGACUGAGGAGCUGAACUUGGCAUGCAAGAAUAUAAUGAGACCUAGAUCUUCCCCAAACCCAGAGGACUACAAGGGCUCAGAUCAGCAGGACAUGUCUGAAUGAUUGAUGCGGUGAUGCCCGGUGAUGCCCACAGCUUUUUCUAAGGCAUGGAUUCUUGUUUUUUUCUCUAACUGUAAAUCUUGUGUCAUGUUUUUGUUUUUUGAUAGUUUGGUGUUGGGGGGAAGGAAUUAUACGAGCAUUGUUAGUUCAUAGACCUUGGUCUUUGCUUCUUCUCCCCAUUAUAAAACUUGUUCCACAAUUUUCAAGAUCCUUGCAAAGUGGAGUGCUGAACUGAGUCUUUUUGAAAAUUUUGUUGCUAUCCAUGAUUUUGAACUUGUUAGCCGCUACCUCAUACAAACUCACGCGAUGAAUGCUGUAUUGAAAUUUAUGCUGAAGCAAUUUGUUAUAUAUGACAAAUUUGAUUGCCAA